UGUAUGCCACAAAAAUGCUAUUUUGCUUUUUUGCUGAAAAACAUCCUAUUAUGGAUCAUUAUAUCCAUUCAAAGUAAAAAAACAACAAAAACACUAUUUUUAAAGGAUUUGUCAGACGCAUAAUGUUGUAAUUUUCAAACGCGAACGGAGUAGACCAAUGUAUAUGCCUAUGCAUUUGUGUACGCGGGGUGCGCGGUGGGUAGAAUCACGCGCUCGCGCCUCGUAUUGGUUACAUACAACAGACCACGCCGGACUUUCAACCAGCCGCAUGCCCGUUGCCAUCGCAUAUAUUAUUCGAUGAUUCAUUGACGUAAUUAGUUUACUUGUUAUUUGUUAUAAUGAAACGUGCAAGUAUUAUAUUAUCAAGAGGGCGUCGAAUAUGUGAUUUGCUCAAUAAUGCUAAUAUACAAAAUAACAACUCCGAUACACCCAUUGAAAAGGACAAUAUUUCAUUAAAUGAAAUAGAAUUAAACAGUUACUCUGAUUCAAACCUACAAAAUAAGAAUGAAUCUCCAUUACCAAUAAGCUUUAAUGAGUCGGAUAUUAAUGAGCUAGCAAACAUAAUCGAUGCAGAUAUAUUUGAUAAUAACCUAGAAGUUGCUUCCGAUUCUGAGACUGCAAAUCUCGAAACAUCACACCCUUCACCUUCUUGUGGUACCAAUCACUUGGACUACGACUGUGAUAAUGAUUUCUGCCCUUAUUAUAUACAAAAGGAAAACUUAUCAACUUUUGAUAUUUUGCCCGUACCCUCACCAGGUUAUCUGUCUAGCUGCUCAACGUAUACAACAAUAAACAAUUAUAGUCCGAUGUCAGAUAUUUCGAAUAAUAGCCCUAGCAGAAGCGAUCGCCGUCGUCAACUAAGGAAAGAUAAAGGUAAUAUAAGAAAAAGACAUUUUAAUGAAUGGAUAGACACUAAGAGAAAGAAUUUACGUAAUAUGGGAAAAGAGUACAUGUCAAGAAAUGGUAAAAUUCAAGCAAAGAGAAAGAUGGGGCCGCCAUGUCAAUGCCGCAAGAAGUGUUUUGAUAAAUUAAGUGAAGGAAAAAGACAGAAGAUAUUUAAGAGUUUUUGGAAUUUGGGCAAUCGAGAAAAACAAUGGAUGUUUAUAGCCAGCUUAGUAAAAAAGCAAAAUAAACGCAGAGUCUACACAGAUACCACUUCAAGACGAAAGUACACGUUAAAGUACUCAUUGCCAGUAGAUCAUGGUGAAGAUAAUUAUGUGGAUGUAUGCAAAAAACAUUUCUUAAGCACUAUUUCCGUCAGUGAUCAGGUUAUUAAUAAAGCCCUAGAAAAGAUGGCUACGACUACUGGAGUAUUAAUUCCAGAUCAAAGAGGAAAACACUCAAACCACCCUGUAAAAAAGACAGAGUCUGUUAUAACCAGUGUGUGUGACCAUAUCAAGAGUUUGCAGCCAGUUGAGUCACAUUUUACUAGGCAAAGGUCAAAUAAGUUAUAUUUGGAUGGAGAUUUAAAUUUUCAUAAAUUAUUUGAAAUGUAUAAUGAGUGGCUUCAAUCUAAUAUAUAUGAAGAGAAAGCUAAAUCCGAACGUCUAUAUCGAGACAUUGUAAAUGAAAACUUUAAGCUCAGUUUUCAUAUUCCUAAGAAAGAUCAGUGCGAUCAGUGUCACAUCUUCAGAAAUAUUAACGGUCCAACAGAACAGCAAGUCAUCGAUCAUGAAAUUCACGUCACUAACAAGAAGUUAUCCCGACAGCUUAUGAAGUCUGACAAAGAAGAAAGCAAAUCUUCUGAAGGUAAAAUAAUUGCUGGUACUUUUGAUUUUCAAAAGAUUCUCAAUGCACCCCAUGGCCAAUUGAGUAUUUUAUAUUACAAACGGAAGCUGUCCGUCUUUAAUUUUACUUUGUUCGAUUUAGCAAAUAAAGAGGGUCAUUGUUAUAUGUGGCACGAGGGAGAAGCCAAACGUGGUUCUAAUGAGGUAUCAGGCUGUCUUUCUCAUUUUAUACAUAAAAUGCAUGAACAAGGUGCAAAAGAAUUUAGAUUCUGGUCUGACAAUUGUGCCGGUCAGAAUCGCAAUCGUAUUGUGUUUGCGUUUUAUGUUUAUAUUGCUCAUAAGCUUAAUAUUACUAUCAAACAUACUUUUCUUGAAAAAGGUCACACCCAGGCAGAAGGUGAUAGCGUACAUGCUCUAAUAGAACGUUCGUCCAAAAAUAAACUUAUUUAUACACCCUUUGAAUGGUUUAGCUUGGUUCGAUGGGCGAAACAGGAGGGCAAACCAUAUAACGUCAUAGAAAUGAAGCAUACAGAUUUUUUAAACUAUAAAACACUUUUGAUUGGACGUAAUUGGUCUAAAAAUGUAAAUGGGAACGUAGUUAGAUGGAAUAAAAUAAAAGAAGUAAGUGUACGUGCAGAAGAUCCUUUUAAAAUUAUGUAUCGGUACAAUUUGGCAGACAGUAAUGCUAUGACAAUUGCUCUUAAUACCAAUACCCGUAGACGCCAAAGGAAUAGUAUGGCUGAGCUAUGCCCCUUGUAUACCAACCGUCUUCCCAUAACUAAGGCAAAAUAUGACGACUUAAUGAACCUGUGUCAUACUGAAAUUAUUCCAGCUACGUAUCACGACUUUUUCAGGCAUUUAUCUUUCGUUGCUGACGUUAAUAAUGACGAUGAAUUUUCUGAUUCAGAAUAAACAUUAGUCUUUUCCAAAUAUUCCAUUAAUUUUUCUUUUUUCUAUAUUGCCUUUGAUUAAGCAUCUCAGGUUUUAAUAUUGAUCUCAUAAAAAUAAUAUUUAUUUCUUUUACAUUGUUUUAAGGCUCCCAUAAAAGCUAAUUUUAGGUUUGUUAGGUUGACAAUUAACACAAUUGUUUUUAUUUUUGAAUUUCUUUAUCAUUAUUAUAAACCAAUAAGUACAUGCCAAAAAUUAUAAAUAGUUUCCAAAUUACUACUUUGAUUUUAAGCUGAUCUCAUAUAAAUGAUUAAUUAAGUUCAUAUUUUUAUUUUUUAUAGUGAUGUUGAUUUUUGUAAUUCUAUUUGAUUAGUCUUAAGAAGAGUUUGUAAC